GAGGCCUUUUCGAAGCCCCUGGGCCUCACCGGCCUUUUCCGGAGUGACAACAUGUACGGCCAAAUUGCGGUGGCCGGAAAUCAACAUCUUUCUUGCAGGGGCUUUGCGCGCAUUGCGCAGCUGCUUCUCAACAGAGGAGUAUGGCCCGUGAAGCUGGAUCACGACUGGCCUGGCAAUGGGCUGCCGUGGAACAGCACUGAUGGGGGCACCUUCCAGCUGAUUAGCGAGUCUUACCUUGA